UCGACAGAUAUUAACAUGAAGGCCAUAUUUCUUUUGUGCCUGGUUGUCGCAGCCGUCAGCGCUCGUCCACAGCAGUACACCAACAAGUACGAUAAUGUGAACUUGUCCGAGAUCCUCUCGAACAAAAGACUGCUGAUCCCUUAUGUCAAGUGUACACUUGACCAGGGCAAGUGCUCGCCUGAUGGCAAGGAGCUUAAAUCCCACAUAAAGGAGGCAUUGGAGAACUACUGCGCAAAAUGCACGAACUCCCAGCGUGACGGAACCCGUCGGGUCAUAUCCUAUUUGAUCCACAACGAACCUGACUACUGGAAGCAGCUCUCCAAGAAAUACGACCCUCAAGGAAAAUACGCGUCCAAAUACGAGAGGGAACUUAGAUCUCUUUAAGAAAAGACUGGUUUACUUAACUAUGUAGGAACCACAGCGUUCAAUAUUCAAAUUGCUACGAUAACCAUUAAAUUGGUCUUCCAAUUGAAACAUGAACUACAUAUAGUAGCGUCCCAAACCUCCUUAGAAAUUCAUAGCUGUCUGUAGCUUGACAGAAUGCUUGAAUUGUUGAAAGAGGGUCUAAUUUUUUAACAUCAUUUUGAACUGAACUUGUGUGUAGCAAUCAACCUAAAGGGUUGUGAAAAUAAAUGUGAUAAAAUACU